UGGCAUUUCGACCUCACGUGAACACAACUGCACUGUCAGAGCAGGGAGAAAAAUACUGACCGGUGUGAAUUGAAAACACUGUGAGCUCAGUUUAGCGAGAAUCACUGGCAGGUCACGGCACUGUCACGUCACGGCUGAGUGUGAAUGUGUGAAUAGACCUUAAGCGUAUUUGUUUCGUGUAACAUAACCUAAAAAAAUUAAUACUUGUGGGUAAAUAAUAAAAUCCUUAAAAUCGAAAAGAUUUUCUAGUUGCCUCAAAUAAAUCUAAGCGACUGAGAUAUUUAAUUCUACAGUAUGGUCGUAUUUACUUGUAACCAUUGUGGAGACAGCUUGAAAAAGCCAUCUGUGGAGAAACACUAUCAGUUCACGUGUAGAACUACAAAGUCUUUAACGUGUGUUGACUGUUUAAAAGAUUUUAUUGGCGAAGAGUAUGCGACGCACACUAGGUGCUUAACAGAAGAGGAGCGAUAUGCGGCUAAAGGCUCGAUGGUAAAUGUGGUUCAUAAAGGGGAAAUUAAGCAAGAAUCAUGGCUGGAAAUGAUCAAAUCUAUACUAGAUAAGCAACCCAAUGUAAAACCAUCACACAGAAACCUGUUAAAUAAGAUUUCUAAUUACAACAAUGUUCCAAGGAAAAAAGUCAAAUUUAUGAAUUUUAUAAUGAGCUCAUCUGGUGGCAGGGCAAAUAGGAAAGAAGUGGAGGAAGUCUGGGAUAUCAUUGAAACAUACAAAAAUAGUCAAAAGGGUAAUGGAAAUACUCAAACAACACAAAAGAAUGAAGCUUCAAUAAAAGAAAUGAAAGUAGAAAAUGUUAAAAGGAAAGCAUUAGAUACGGAUUCCGACAUUCCUAAUAAGAAAAAUAAGCUUGAUGAUGGACUAACUAUUGAAGAAACAGACACUGUAAAAUUUAGUUUUCAAGAAAAAAUAGUAUCCAUUCUCAAUGCAAAAGGCUGCAUCUCUUUAAAAAAGCUCCAAAAGAAGGUACUAAAUGCAUACCUAAAGCAUUCAGGGGAGAACAAAGUAACACCGAAAAUGAUCAAAAAGUUCAAUAAGAAGCUGAGUAAAGUUCAAAAUAUAGAACUAACAGAUGAGAAUGUCACAUUAUUAGAGAAUAAGGAAUGUUGAGAAAAAUCAUAUGCAUUAUGAUUUUGUAAGAUGUAGGGGAGUUUGGGGCAAAGUGGCUACCUUAACUUCAAAAUACCAAAAAUACUUUAUAGAAAAUUAGAAUGAGACGCACAACUAUGCCAAUCACUUUAUUCGUGAAAGAACUUUAUUAUUUUAAAUGGUCUGUUGAUUCUAAACAAGUGCUAGGAAAAAAAAUAGAAAAAAUAGGUCGCUAUAAAUUAUCCACUUUACCCCAAGUAUGGGGUAAAGUGGAUAUGUGUAUAGGGGUAAAGUGGACACUAUCUAAAAAGUAAAUAAGACUUCGAUGAAUAGAAUUUUUAUUAACACUUUCAGGGUGAAAAACUAAACUACAUAGAAUAAAGUACCAAUCAUCCAAAAAAUGACACAAACAUAGUUUCUUGAAAGUAAAAAAAGUUCAUAGCAGAAAAAUGAACAAAAUUAUAAUCUAGUGAAUUUCGUUAUAUGAAAAAGGUUUUGGUAACGUCCAUAAUAUUGAAGAAGUACUAAAACUAAACAGAACUAUUCAGUCGAGACGUAUUAUCUUCUGCUUUAAAAGACCCGUAUUUUGCCAUACCUUAGAAACUGAACUCUAAUUUUUCCCAAAAUUGCUUCUUUUUCUUCGCUUUAGAUAUUUGGGUUUUAUUUGCUGCUUUUCUAAGUUCUUCAUAAUUAGGGCUUGAAGUCAGCACCGUAGUUUUUCCUUUUCUCAUUUUUCGUUUUGGAGCUGUUGCUUCGCCUGCGUUUGGUAAUGCCAAUAUAUCUUUAGGUGAAUAGUAAAUAUUACUUUCACUAAGAAUAGGGGCUGUAGGCUCUGCGUUUCUAACAGGAGAUGGUGUUCUAGCGCUAGAGGGACCUGGUUGUGGAGAGUUAUUCAUUUGUUGGUUAUUCGGUUGUUGUAGGGGUUGCGGAGUUAUUGGGCGGUCUUCAUUGAGAGCUCUAUCUGUGGCAUCUGCCGUUUUAAAUGCAUCUUCUGGAAAUACAUCAGGGUUCAAGGGAUAAAUCCCCGUCGCUUUGAAACCAUUGAUAGCAUUUUGUGUUGUUGCGGCGCGUUGAAAAGCAUUUCCAAAAAGCUCUCCGACUUGAUACAAAGUUAUUACCUUUCCAGGGUUAUUAAUCAGCCAUUUUUUCGGUUCUUGUUGGUAGUAUGAAUUUAGUGGAAACAUGAAGGCUACAUCCAAGGGUUGUAGAUGGUGAGAUGUGUGUGGUGGUAUCGCAAUAAUGUGCACGUGAUUUGCCCUUGCUUUCUCAACCAACGUUAGAUUCUUUGUGUGGGUGGCGUGCCCGUCUAAGACUAGUAAAACAGGAUCAGUCUCGGUAGGUUUGGAAUAGUUUAGAAAGUGUUCAAACCAAGCCUCUGAAAUUAUUUCACUUUGCAUCCACCCUGAUGGAUGAUAUUCCACGAUUGAUUCUGGAGGAAGUCCUUGCUAGAGUGGUGAACAUUUUCUAUCUCUUGGAAAGAUCAGGAGGGGAGUGAUGUAAAAUCCAGUGGCGUUGAAACAAAUUCCGGCAGUUGUUACGAGUGCCUCUUUCAGCGAAAGAAAGACUGCCCACUUGUUUUUUUCCUUUCAUGGAGAAUAUUCUUGAGGGCCUAUUUGGUAGCGUAGAGAUACCCGUCUCGUCGCAGUUGAAAAUUCUACUGGCUGGGAAUUUGUAUUUUUAGAGCAUUUCUCCCAAUAGAGUAAAAAAUGAAUUAACGUUGUAUUUAUUAAAUGACGAAGCCCUAGCUGCCGAGGUGUAUUCUGGAAGCCUCAAAGAAAUAUAUUGGUUUCUUUUCAGAAAUCCAUAGAUCCAAUCUCGCCCUGCAAGUCCUUUAGCUGCGUUAAAGAUGUGUGCAAUAUGGUUUUUUCCGCAAAUUGGAAGGCAAAGUGCCUUAACUCCCUCGUGCCAAGACCAAAAAGCCUAAGUAUCCCGUAUCUAACGUCUUGUAUUGCUGCUGCCAUACUUUCCUCUGACCAAGAGUGCUGCUGGCUUUUCCGUUUAUAGUUACGCACCAUUGCGCCAAUUCUGUAAAAAAUUUUGAUUAUUCUUCUACUUUACUUACCUCUGAGCUUUACAAAACCCGUAGCUAAAUCAAGAAUUUCUCUACUUUUAUUCCCUACAUCAAAUUCGUACAAUGAUUUCAUGCUAUGGGGUAAAGUGGCUACCGUGACCACUUUACCCCAACAUACACCGAACAAUUUAUAAAUAAUAAAAAAUAUUAUCUUUAUUUUUUAUUCCAUUGCUCGUACAGACAGGCUACUAAAUACGAAAUCUUAUUAAAACAAAUCAUGUCAUCUUUAAUCGAUGCCUCUAAUUUACUUAUCUCUGAAUAUUAUAAACACGUGGCUCUAAAUUUUUCACUCACUAUAUAAAACCGCGUGCGUGCUUGAGAGCAGUUCCAACUCGACUGAUUGAUUGUACAUCCAGAGAGGAAGGGCUGUACAUAGGAGCACUCAUAGAUGUCAGUAGCAUGUAGGAAAUUUUGAUGUAAGCCACUUUGCCCCAAACUCCCCUAUAAGUGUACUUUCUGUUAAUGUCUCCAAAUAAAGGUUUUGAAAUAACUUUUUAUUUCGGGUGUUACUAAGUUUGCUGUGAAAAUACAAUACAAAAUACAAGCAUAACCAUAAAAGCAUAUUCAAUAGAACCAUGAGGCUCUUAUCUUCUCUGUAAGAUUAUGUCUUUUAGCAUUUGCCAAAUACGCAUUAGUAGUUUGAAAGUGUAGAAAGCAUAUUCGUGCCAUAUCUAUUCACGUUACGAUGUGUGCUAUUUUACAUCAAAUAUACUAUCACCAUUCUCACUGACAGAUUCCUGAUGCUGGCAGCAUAGUCUGUCAAAAGCUUGAAUAUUGUAAGUCGAAAGGGCACACUUAGCAUCAUUUGUCAAUAAAGAAAAGUCUUCCAUUUAUAUAUAUAUACACAUAGUUUUCUGCAUUGCAUUCCAGCAGAGCUUCAAGGUACAAAUUGAAGACCUCAAGGUGCGUAAAACCUGGGGAGGAUCAAAUCACUAAUAAGGCUCUGAAGCUGCGCCGCGUAAGUCCACGACUUAUCUCGUGGCAAUAAUCAAUGUCGUGCUAAGGACCCAGUUCUUCCCAUCGGUGUGAAAGACUGCGGAGGUUAUAAUGAUUUCAAAGAAGGUGGCUGUCAGCUCCAUCUAAGCUUGCUAAAAAGAUGAUUCUAGGUCGAAACUUGAAAAAACUGAACUGAAAGCUAAUCCCAAAGGGCUUUCCAUUUUAGCUCCUAAAACUUUUGAAAUCCUUGAAGGUAGGAAAUUUUGGAUAAAAAUUAAUGAUGACUUGACAGAAUGGCGCAUCAGAGCCGGUGAUCCCCAAGGCUCGAUUCUCGGACCAAUCCUGUAUUCACCUUUCACUCAUUACGUCCAUUGCCAUUUGCCCAUUGAAUUCUAUCUAUAUGCUGAUGACACUGCAUUGGUGGCCCAGUCAAGUUUGGAGAAUCAGGUUCACCAAAGGUUACAAAGUGCGGUGGAUAAGGUAUAAUUAUAAUAUAUAACGUGCCGGCGCUCAGUCUGAAGUUCCAGUGAAUGAAAGUAAGUGUAUAAUGGGAACAUUCUGUCAAGUAUUAGGUUUCGGCAACUCUGUACCCUAUGCUAUGUAGAACCUCAAAAUUAAGUUCGAUCGGCAAAGUUCGGCUAAACAAGGAGCAGCAAUCACUUAUGCAUGUGCAGCAUAUUGUUUCCUCGCCAAAACACAUAUUCGUAGUCAGCAGAACAGAACCUUUCAUACUGCCACUAACGUUCCAAGGUGUCUCGGACGAGGCGCAGAUACGCUAUAGUCAAGCAGACCCUGGUAUCUGGGCAACCAAACCUGUCAGACCUACAAUGCUUUAACCAAGUGCAAAGGUCCCAUGGACAUAGGUCACUCGAUUGCGCACCCUCUUAUUUGAUAGUGUGGAAUAGUUUUGAAGAUGGAGGAAUUGGGAAACAAUAGGCUUUCAUGGUUAAUUGAUGCAAAAAAAAACAAUGAGUUAAAUUCAUUUAUAUUUGUUAAGAAAUUGCUUUACAAUACAUUUUCAGGCAGCAGUGGUGGCUGCAGUAGUAGACUCUUCGGUCUCCUGAUCAGUC